AUCCUCCACUACCUUUAGGCGGCUGCCAUCGUCCGUCCCUAGAACAGGAUUAAGAAUUGCUUCUGUGAGAGAGACUGACUCUUCUCUUCAUUUACCAUGGGAGCCCUUUUAUCCCUGCCUCUCCUGGCCAUCCCGAGCGCCAGUACGCUCAUCACCGUCGCGACGUCGUGCUGCGGAGCGGCAACUUGUUCGGCAGUAUGUAGCGCAUGUGGAAAGUUUCAGAACAGUAUGGCGACGAGAAUUGCCUACGCCUUCAUCCUCUUGAUCAACUCGAUCGUCUCCUGGAUAAUGCUCACGCCAUGGGCACUAAAGAAGUUACAACACAUGACGUUGGAUUAUAUGGAAAUCAGAUGCGACGGAAAAGAAUGUUAUGGUUGGGUGGCCGUUCACCGGAUCAAUUUCGGUCUGGGUCUCUUCCAUUUGAUUCUCGCGUUCAUGUUGCUCGGCGUUAGAACAUCCAAGGAUGGCCGUGCCGUUCUCCAGAAUGGAUUCUGGGGACCGAAGAUUGUCCUGUGGCUUGCGCUCGUCGUGGCCUCGUUCUUCAUCCCCGAGUCGUUCUUCUUCGUUUACGGCCACUAUAUCGCCUUCAUCUGCGCCAUGCUUUUCCUUCUCCUGGGAUUGAUCCUCCUUGUGGACCUGGCACAUUCCUGGGCUGAAUACUGUUUGCAGAAGAUUGAAGAUAACGAUUCGCGGACCUGGCGGAGCCUCUUGAUUGGUUCGACUGUGGGCAUGUACGUUGCAUCUCUCGCCAUGACGAUCUUGAUGUACGUCUUCUUCGCCCACAGCGGAUGCGCCAUGAAUCAGGCAGCGAUUACCAUCAACCUCGUUGUCUUCCUCAUCAUUUCGAUCAUAUCCGUGCAGCCAAUUGUGCAGGAAUCCAACCCCAGAGCCGGACUGGCCCAGGCCGCUAUGGUUACAGUCUAUUGCACCUACCUAACCAUGUCAGCUGUGUCGAUGGAACCAGAUGACCGUCAGUGCAAUCCUUUGAUUCGUGCCCGGGGCACGAGAACGGCUAGUAUCGUUUUGGGCGCCAUCGUCACCAUGGCUACCAUUGCGUAUACCACGACCCGCGCAGCCACCCAGGGCAUUGCGCUAGGCUCCAAGGGUGGUCACAACUACUCGGAGCUGGGAAUGGAUGACAACGAGCAUGGUCUUGUGACCCAGCAGCCGAACACUCGCCGCGAAAUGCGGGCCGAGGCUCUUCGUGCGGCCGUAGCGAGUGGCAGUUUGCCCGCCAGUGCGCUGGAUGACAGCGACGACGAAUCUGAUGAAUACGAUACCAAGGACGAUGAAAAGGGAUCGACUCAGUAUAAUUACUCUCUGUUCCACAUCAUCUUCUUCUUGGCUACCACCUGGGUGGCUACCUUGCUCACCCAGAACUUGGACCCGGAGGCCGCAGAUGACUUUGCACCCGUCGGCCGAACCUACUGGGCCAGUUGGGUGAAGAUCAUCAGCGCCUGGGUGUGCUACGCGAUCUACCUGUGGACUUUGGUUGCACCUGUGGUUCUGCCGGACCGUUUUGACACUUACUAAACAGAAGCCUAGUGAUCACGUAUAACCGGGAGUUGGGCGUUGAACAGCGAUGAUUGUUAUUGUUUCCAGUAGUGUACAGUGCCGUUCUACGUCAUAGUUUGAUGCCGCGAAUUCCUUAUCAUUACAUUGACAUGAUUUUCUGCUGUUUCUUGGAUAUUGUGCCUGUAUCAUAGUGUAAAUUCCCCGCACGAGAAUGAUAUGCCAUGCUAGUUGCACCGUG